AACAGCUCCCAGUUCAUGAAGCACACCAGACGGCGGAGGCUGACGGUGGAGGACUUCAACCGGGCUCUGCGAUGGAGCAACGUGGAAGUGGUGUGUGGCCAUGGCGCUCCGGAGCCUCUGCCCUUCCGGGCCGUUAAGGAAGGAGAACUCUACUUCCAAGAAGACCGUGAGGUCAACCUGGUGGAUGUCGCUUUGGCCAACAACCUCCCCAAGGACUGCGCGGAGACAGCCGUGAGAG